GCGGCACUAAAGCAUCGUUUUCACUUUUGUUUGCAAACUUAAGCCACAUUCCCUAACAACUUUUCAUGAAAUUCAUUGUGAAAGAUAAAAAAAAAGAUGCGUAACUAAUGUUAUUUCACGUUAUCGCUCACAUUCCCGUAGCCGUGCAUCCUUUUAAGAGUCGCGGAGGGCACGUUAACGCUCUUGACGACAGAAAUCACUUCCCUUUAGGGGGCUACAAACCGGAAGUGAUAGUGUUUUGAAGCUGUGUGGACGUAUUUCUCGAUACAGACGUGCGAGAAUCAGGUGUUUUCAUGCGGUUCGGCUGCAGACAUGCCGCGGUACUGCGCUGUGAAGGCUUGCAGAAACCGCGGGGGGAGCUGGUCCAGACAAGACAACAGGAGAAUUAGCUUCUACCCAUUCCCAUUACAAGACAAGCCCAGGCUUCAGAGAUGGGUGGAUAACAUGAGGCGGGAGGAGUGGGCCCCGAGUCGACACCAGUGCCUGUGCAGCGAGCACUUCACAGAGGACUGCUUCGAUAUCCGAUGGGGCAUCCGCUACCUGAAGAGCACGGCAGUACCGACUGUUUUUCCUUCCGCUGAAGAGGAUGGUGAGAAAAAAGUGCGGAGCUCCAAGACCAGGCCUGGGACUUUAGACGCUGACAUUGAGCCCACAGGGUUUGACUCCGCUCCCAGUAGGGAGCCACUCAUUUUGAGGAGAACCAGCACAAACUUUGAGUCAAAACCAACAAACAACAGUGUUGCAGAACACACAGAGAAGAUAUUUGAUCUGCCAGACACUGGGAUAUCAUCCCACGCGGACCUGUCAGAGACACAGGCAGCUGCUUGUGUGGCACCAGGUGACAGCGAACUGCCAACAGCGUCUUGUCUCGCUGCGCCUCCGUGUGACCAGACCCACGCUGAAGAGCCAGCUGACGCUGCUGUGACUGUGUUCUGCUGUGAGGCGCUGAGCUCUUUCUCAGAUGGAGAGGCAGCGGCCCUCCAAGCAGCUUUGGGUCAGGUUUUCAGCUUCGCUACAGUUGAAGUGGUUAAGGACAAACCCACGAGCUGCUCAUUGGAGGAGAGGGGACCCGGUGAGGGAGAGCACGUUUCCGUUGACGAGCACUCAUACUGCAGACUGGACACGGACGAAGAUCAGCUCUGGAGCAGGAUCCUGAGUUUGCAUGCAAAGAUCUUGGAGCUGGAUCGCAGGGAGGAGAGCACCAUGGCUAAGAUCCACGCUCUUGAGACGGAGGUUGGGCUUCUGAAGAGGGACGGGGUGGUUUUCAAAGAGAAGCAGAAAGUUUUAGAAGAUUAUAUUUCAUCCACGUUGCUCUGAUUUUGGACAUAAAUUGUGGAUGUAAAUGCACUUACAUUGUUACCAUUAAGUCCCUUUUGCAGACAUGUUGCACAUGCUUCUAUAGGUGCCAUUCAUAAAACAUAGAAAUACUGAUUGUACCUCUUUUUUAUACAACUUUAUUGAUACCUGUUGGUUUGUGACAUUUCCUCUGAUUAUCUUAUGUCCACAUGAUGGCACUGUAUUCCCCCUUUAUUGUUUCAAAUCUUAUUUCCAGUGGCUUGUUGCUAUGUAUUCCUGACUUUCUGGACUGUGGUGUGAUCGCCACCAUGUCCUUUCUUAUCGAAGGCUCUUUUGCUGGUUUUCUUUAGCAGUUCCAUCAGUUGUUUUUCAUCGUAUUUGAUAGAUUUUCAGUGAUUUGUUUCAAUUUGUGACUGAUGCCUCUCCUGAAUUUCUGUUCUAUGAAUUGAUCAACUCCACAUCUUAUCUGCCAAAUGGCUCUUUUGCAGUUUUUCUUAUGCAUUGUCGUCCGUGGUGUUUUAUAGACUUCGCCUUUGCUACCCAGUCGAUACUAUAAUGUCAUGUUGUUGUGAUGUCAUAAAUGUACAUUUUAUGAGAUGUUUAUACUUGUUUAUGUCAUAAACCUCUGCCCAGGUAAAAUA